AUGUCCAACCAGGACGGACCGCCACCACCGUUGCGACCCACGCCCGACAAGACGCUCGACUACCCGUCCGAGGAGCCGCUGCACGUCGAGUGGGCCACGAGCGACGAAGUCAAUGUCGCCAAGCAAGACACGCUCUGCCUCGUGCGCGAAACCGAGCUCCAAAAGCUUGUGCUCAACGCUCCGCACUUUUUGUUUUACUGGAACACGAACUCCGAUGACGACCGCGGGCAGUGGGACUGCCUCCAAUCGAGCCUCAAGCUCUACACGGGCCCCGCGAUCGACAAGUCGCGCAUCAUUCAAAUGAACCCGUCUUCGGACAAGGCGCAAGGCGGCACGCUAAUGCUGCCGUCGUCGCGCAACCUCUCGCUGCCACCCGGCACGUACCGUCUCGUGCUCCUGCGCAAAGAAGAGAUCGAUGGCCGCAAGGUCCGCUCCGUUCUCGGCAAAAGUCCAGCGUUGCACGUCUACGUGGGUGUCAACAGCGUCCACACUGUGUUUGGAACGACGCCGUUCGUCGACGUCAAGACGGUCCGGUGUGCCAUGGCGAUCGUCGACAACGCCACGGACACGGCCAUCGUGAGCUCUCUCCCGGUGCAGGAAGUGUCCGAGCCGUGGCUGCGCGCCGCGAGCUACGAGGUCGAGCUCGCCAACGCAAUCGCAAUGCUGCGGACGCAGAAGCAACUGAUGUCGCAUGAGUCGAACCCGGCAGCCACCCUCGAGGUACAAGACGCUACGAUUGAAUGGUGUAACGGAGUACGGCAGGCCACGCAAACCGAAGUCGAGGCCUUAGAUAAACGACUCGACGCAAGGAUGCGCUCCGGGACCAAGUACAGCAAGUGGGCGACGACUUGA